AUGUUCCGCCCGAGAGAGCUUUCAUAUGCCCUGGGACGUACUCUCGUUAAGGAGGCAGACCACGAGGAGAGGAAUGGCUUACUAGCCACUGAUGAUGGUAUGAUGGUAGCAGCGGGAAGGGCCUCAUUGAAUGACGAAUCGUCUAGGACCAUUAGGGCGGUUGCUGCUAAUGUUUAUAUGGAGUACAAGCUGUUGUUGGAGAAGAUGAGGAGAGUAAUGCAAAAAGAGUGGAGGUAA